AUGCAAGGAAACUCCUAUGGAACUGCCUCACGGCCUCAGCAACCUUUCGCACAAGGAGCCGGCAACACGCAGCUCGGAGUGGGUGCUGCGGAUGAAGAUGCAGCAGAUGAAGAGACCGUUGGAGGUGACGCCGAAGCCGGACAGGUACCGGAUGCAGAAGAUGACGGUGACGAUGACGGAACGGCUGCUGAGGAACGAACCGGUGGAAACACCGAAGAGGGAGUCGCCGGAGAGACUGCUGA